AUGAACGUCUCUGAGGUGUUGGCAAAUACCUUAUCUGCCGAUAAUGCUAUCCGUGGUGCUGCUGAGGAGCAGCUUUCGACCGCUGCCGUCCAACACUUUCCCGAGUAUCUGCAAAUGCUCUCGGCGGAACUCGCAAAUGAAGAGACAUCUCCCUUUAUCCGUAGUGCUGCUGGUAUCGCUCUGAAGAACGCCCUCACUGCCAAAGAGCGAACACGUCUGCUAGAGGUACAGCAGAAAUGGCUCACCCAGGUCGACCCAACCAUCAAGACCCAAGUCCGGGAAAACUCUCUUCGAACACUAGCCUCGACAGACAACCGUGCGGGGCAAUCGGCCGCGCAGUUCAUUGCGGCCAUCGCCGCCAUCGAACUCCCCCGAAAUCAGUGGCCGGACCUGAUGCCUGCACUGGUACGAAACGUCGGCGAAGGCUCCGACAGCCUUAAACAGUCGUCCUUGACCACCAUUGGUUAUAUCUGUGAAUCAGAGGAGCAGGAACUCCGGGAUAGUCUGAACCAGCACUCUAAUGCAAUCCUCACGGCCGUCGUGCAGGGUGCCCGGAAGGAGGAGCCUAACGCCGACGUAAGAUAUGCGGCCAUGGUUGCGUUGGGUGAUUCACUGGAAUUUGUUCGAACCAACUUUGAGAAUGAUGGUGAGAGGAACUAUAUCAUGCAGGUCAUCUGCGAGGCCACACAGAGCACAGACUACAGGAUUACUCAGGCAGCAUUUGGUUGCCUGAACAGGAUAAUGAAUCUUUACUACGACAAGAUGAAGUUCUACAUGGAGAAGGCCCUAUUUGGAUUGACAAUUGUGGGGAUGAAGCACGAGGAGGAGGAGGUCUCCAAAUUGGCCAUUGAAUUUUGGUGCACAGUUUGUGAGGAAGAGUCCGCUGUUGAAGAUGACAAUGAACAGUUCCAAGCAGAGGGAAUGACUGAGCUUCGGCCAUUCUUCAAUUUUGCGCGUAUUGCCACUCCAGAGGUCGUCCCAGUAUUAUUGGAGCUCCUCACAAAGCAGGACGAAGAUGCCGCGGACGAUGAGUACAAUGUCUCCCGUGCAGCAUACCAGUGCCUGCAGCUUUACUCCGCGCGUGUCCAGGGUCUGGUGAUCGGCCAUGUUUUGCAAUUUGUAGAGGCCAACUUGCGCCACGAAAACUGGAGGUUAAGAGAUGCUGCUGUUUCGGCAUUUGGUGCAAUCAUGGAAGGACCAGAGUUCAAGCAACUUGAUCCCCUGGUCAAGCAGGCUCUGCCUGUACUUGUGGGAAUGAUGGAUGAUAAAAACUUAAUGGUAAAAGACUCUGCAGCCUAUGCUCUUGGGAGGAUUUGCGAAUGUUGUGGGCAAUCUAUCGACCCUCAACUCCAUCUGCCAAGCUUGAUUCAGGCAUUAUUCUCCGGCCUGAAGGAUAGUCCAAAAAUGGCUAGCUCUUGCUGCUGGGCUUUGAUGAACUUGGCGGACAGAUUUGGCAUUGAAAGCGAGUCUGAGGAAAACUCGUUGUCGAAAUACUUUAAGGAUAGUGUUAGUGCCCUGUUGGCCGCAACUGAAAGAUCCGACGCUGAUAACCAGCUCAGAACGGCUUGCUACGAAGUCCUCAACUCUUUUGUUGCCAACGUUGGACAGGAUGAGCUGCCGUCUAUUGCUCAAUUGUGCACUGUAAUCAUGGAGAGGCUAGAGAAGACUGUUGCCUUGAGAGGACAAAUUGUUAGCACGGAUGACCGUAUCACUUUGGAGGAGAUGCAGACUAGUUUGGCUGUAGUAUUGAUGACUAUCAUUCAACGUUUGGACAAGGAGAUCAAGCCCCAGGCCGAUAGCAUCAUGCAGAUCCUUUUGGGGAUCCUCUCCACGCUGCCACCAAACUCAUCUGUUCCUGACGCGAUAUUUGGAGCCGUUGGAGCUAUGGCUAAUGCUUUGGAGGAGGACUUCACCAAUUACAUGGAUGCAUUCACGCCUUUCCUUUACAAUGCCCUUGGCAACCAGGAAGAGCAGCAGCUCUGCUCAAUGGCUAUUGGUCUCGUGGGUGACAUUGCUCGUUCAAUAAACGACAAGGCAGCGCCUUACUGCGACCACUUCAUGAACUAUUUGCUCAACAAUCUCCAGAGCAACACUCUUAGCCAGCAAUUCAAGCCAGCAAUUCUUCAGUGCUUUGGUGACAUUGCUCAAGCAAUUGGGGGCCACUUCGAGACAUACCUGCAAGUGGUCAUGGGUGUUCUUCAACAGGCGUCUGGGAUUACUGCCAGUACCGAUAGCAAUUAUGAGAUGGUAGAAUACGUUAUCUCGCUACGAGAAGGAAUCAUGGAUGCGUACGACGGCAUCAUCAUUGCUCUGAAAUCAGGCGAUAAGACCUCUCUCCUUGCCCCUUACGUUCAGCACAUAUUCGGCUUCCUGUCAUCGGUAAAUGCCGACAUAAACAAGACUGAAGGACUGAUGAGAUCUGGCAUGGGUGUUCUUGGGGACUUGGCGGAUGCUUUCCCCGGUGGCGAGAUUGCCCAGUACUUCCGCGCCGAUUGGAUCGGUGCCAUGAUCAAGGAAGUACGACAAAGCCGGGAGUUUAGCUCUAGAACACUUGAAACUGCUCGAUGGACAAGGGAACAAGUGAAGCGUCAGCAGGCACAAGCUUCUUAA